AUGAGCUCCGCGGUGCAAAGUCCUGGGCAGCGGCGGCGGAGGAGGAGGAGGAGUGGAGAUGGGGGCGCUGGGGGCGCCGGGCCGGCUGCUGCUGUGUCUGCAGCUCUGCGAGCUGACCCGAGCCGGCUACAAAAUCUGGGUCCCCGACACCGACUUCGACACGGCGGACAACUGGAGCCAGAACCGGACCCCGUGCGCCGGCGCCGCCGUCGAGUUCCCCGCGGACAAGAUGGCGUCGGUCCUGGUGCGAGCAGCUCACAGCGUCUCGGACAUGCUCCUGCCGCUGGACGGUGAAUUCGUCCUGGCCCCGGGAGCAGGAUUCAGCGCCGCAGCCUCCAGCUCGGACUUGGACUGCGGAGCAGGCGCCGCUGCGCUCUUCCUCGACCCCGACCGCUUCUUGUGGCACGACCCACGCUGGUGGCGCUCCAGGGACUUGACGCACGGCCUCUUCUCGGUGGACGCCGAACGCGUGCCCUGCCACCACGACGACGUCGUCUUCCCGCCGGACGGCUCCUUCCGGGUGGGCCUCGGCCCGGGCGCCCGCACCCUGCGCGUGCGCAGCGUCUGGGCCUUGGGCCAGAAGUUCACACGCGACGAGGACCUGGCUGCUUUCCUGACGUCUCGCGCUGGCCGCCUGCGCUUCCACGGGCCCGGCGCGCUGAGCAUGGAGCCCGAGGCUUGUGCCGACCCGUCGGGCUGCGUCUGUGGCAACGCCGAGGUGCAGCCAUGGAUCUGCAGGGCCCUGCUCCAGCCCCUGGGCGGCCACUGUCCCCCGGUCGCCUGCCGCGAUGCCCUCCGGCCUGAGGGGCAAUGCUGCGACCUCUGCGGAGCCAUCGUGUCGCUGACCCACGGCCCCGCCUUUGACCUGGAGCGGUACCGAGCGCGGCUGCUGCAGGACUUCCUGACGUUGCCCCAGUACCAGGAACUGCAGGCAGCCGUGUCCAAGGUGCGGCGUCUGCCCCAGUCCCUCGAGGCCACCGGCUCGGAAGCCGACACGGAGAUCCAGGUGGUGCUGGUGGAAACCGGGCCCCGCACGGGCGGCGCGAGGCAGCUGGCCAGGGCCCUCCUGGCGGACGUCGCCGAGCACGGAGAGGCCCUCGGGGUCUCGGCAGCGACCGUCCGGGAGUCGGGUGCGCCCGCUGGGGGCGGUCCGGCGGCAGGGCUGGUGGGCGGUGUGACGGCCGCGAUGUUCCUGUUGCUACUGGUGCUGCCGGCGGGGGCGCUGUUGCUGCACCGCACUGGGCGGCUCAGGUGGAGGAGGCGCGACGUGGCGGUCGGGCCGCCCCUGGGCUUCCCCAACCCGGUGUUCGGCGCGGCAGGUUCCGAGGAGCAGCCUCCGUCCCCGCAGCCUCCAGCCCCGCAGGCGGACGCCAGGAGCACCAGCCAGAGCUACUUCGUUAACCCGCUCUUUUCCGAGACGGAGGCCUGAGCGUGCGGAUCCCAGCCUGGGGGAUUCCGUCCCCGCCGGCCACGCACAGGGCGGCUUUGCCCAAUAAAGGCAUUUCCUGCCCCUGC